AACCUCUCAUUUAGCUUUACUUUCAUGUGUUUUGGAUAAUUGUCCUCCAGUCUGUGCUCAACGUCGCUGCUUGCUGGAAUUCUUGAACGGUCUUCGGUGAAGAAUUCCUUCAGUUCUGUGACGUUUAAAAAUGUCAUUGAAAUUCUAAUAAAUUUUCCCGAUAGUGCUAAAUGUGUAAACCAGCUGCUGGUCAAACUCGUAUGGCCCUUUUUGUGUGGAGAUUGAAACUGGGAGUUUCCACAGGCUUCUUUUCAUGUGCUGUUGUAAUGAAUUUGUCCCAAAUAACAGAUAGUUUACGGUUGCAUAUCGAUCAUUUCGUAACCUCCUUGCCACACCCAAAGGCAUAUGAAACCUUUAUUUAGGAAAGCUUUUUUUUAAAUUUUUACUUUUUGGCCAGCUGGCCAAAAUUACAGCGCGCAGCAUCGACUCAUCCAAGAGGUCACAAAAGUCAGAAGAGUCCCCAGAACAACGUCCACAGAACUGCAGGCCUCACUUGCCUCAGUUAAAGUCAGUGUUCAUGGCUCCAUCAUAAGAAACAUGUCCUGCAUGGCAGAGCUCCAAGAUAAAAACCACUGCUGAGCAACAGGAACAUAAAGGUCAUCCUGAUGACCCCUGACACUUUUGGGAAAAUACUCUGUGGACUGACGAGAAAACAGUUGAACUUUUUGGAAGGUGUGUGUCCCGUUACAUCUGGGGUUAAAAAUAACAUUUCAGAAAAGGAGCAUCAUGCCAACAGUAAAAUACGGUGGUGGUAGUGUGACGGCCUGAUGCUGUUUUGUGGGAAAUGGAGCCACAAAUUCUGCCGUCGACCAAAACAUCCUGAAGGAGAACGUCCCAACAUCUGACUGUGACCUCAAGCUGAAGCGCACUUGUGUUCUGCAACAGGACAAUGAUCCAAACCACAGCAGUGAGUUCACCUCUGAUUGGCUUAAGAAAAACAAAAAUGAAGACUUUGGAGUGGCCUGGUCAAAGUCCUGAGCUGAAUCCAAUUGAGACGCUGGUGCAGGACCUAAUUACAACAAUUCUGCGAGCAGAGAGGGGGAGCUGAAAGCGGAGAAGGACAAAGUUCCUCCGCAGUGAAGUAAAACUCAGUUAUUGCCAGUUAUUGCAAACACUUGACUUCAGUUGUUGCUGCAGAGAGUGACACAACCAGUUAAUAGGUUCCGGGGGGCAGUCACUUUUCACACAGGGCCAGGUAGGUUUGCAUUUAUUUCCCCUUAAUAAUAAACACCUUUCCACUUUUCCAUGUAAAUGAUCAGCUUGUAUUUAUUUAAAUAAUGAAGCUGACAGCAGUGAUAUGUAGAGGUGUAUAUAUAUAAUAUUCAGAAUAUAUAACUGAAGCACUUUAAAACAAAUUUGAAGAGGAAUCAGACGACUGAACAUUUGGUUGAUUUAAGUUCAAUCAACGUCAUAUUUGAACAGAAGAAAAAACUAAGCUGAUGGAAAUUUAAAAUGAAAUUGAUAUCAACAAUAAAAAAUCUGUUUUUCUUUACAUAAUGUUUAGAUCUGAAUUUAACUCAGUUCACAAUUUAAUAGAUUUUGUAUACGAGGAAGAGAGUAACCAAAGACCUGAUCUGCUCUGUCAGGGAUUCAUCCCGGGAGAGAUGGCCACAGUGUCACCAUCCCCACCGUGAAGUGAAAGUGGAGUCAAAGAAACGCUGCUGGAGUUUUUUCAGUGUUUUAUGAGAUAUACUGUUUACUCACAGGAGUAAGACCAUAAAUCAGUAAGGAAGAAACAGCUGUGACAAACGUCCCUCUUCAUUAACAUUUCGGCUCCUUUGCACUCCUCUGCAACUCGGGUCAAAUGGUAAAAUGUGAUCAUCUUGGUUAAAAAGGGGGAGGGAGGGAGGAGCGGGGCGGGCCCGUCCAGCCGUGAUGGGCGGCUUGACACAGACUGUUGCUUUAGUAGGAACUCCAGUGCUGUUUGCUCGGAAUAUGUCUGUUUGUUGAUGCUCCAAAAUGUAGGUGUGAUCUGAAAUCCUCCAUUCGGAUUAAAGAGGUCUCUGGUCUUUAAAAAGGAUUCAUAUUCAGUUUUGUUCUUACACGCGUGUUAGUGUUCAGCGUGCACCUGAUGGAGAGGGGACUGGGCUCGGGCGAACAUUGACGCCUGAUCUGACCCAAUGGCAGCACAUGAUGUGAUAAACCGAAACUAACAGCAACUACACAGCAAUCAAAACAUUUUCAACAGCAAACUACUACUUUUACAUUCUUAGACGUGAAAAUGUGUGAGAAACGAAUGAAAAUGAGCGCAAAAGCAGAGGAAGGAUGGAAUCCGUUCCACAAGUCCGUGCCUUUCUUUGCGCCUGGCUGUUUCUCUCCACCUUUAAGGCAGCUGGAAGGAAGAAAACAGCUGAGAGGGAGGCGACCGCGCAAAUACAAUGGUCACUGAAACUGCAAAAGACAAUCCGAAGGCCGAUUAUUUCCCACCCGAAGCGAGCGAUUGCCCCAACUCCCCCCUCUCCUUUUCCUCCGAAGACGGCCAGCUAAGCAGGAGCCGCGACACCCAGACCACCAGCGGCAGCAUCAUCCCGGAGGACAGCGGCAGCAUCCAGGCCCUGGUCACCUCAUCCGCAGCCGCCGCCAGCAUCAUGACAUCAGGGGAGUUCGUGCAGACCGCUCCCCUGCUGGCGCACAAAUCCAAGAGGAGCAUGCUGUACAAGGCGCUGUGCUUCCUCCUCCUCAUCUUCCAGGGCGGCGUUCUGGAUUUCUACCUCAUCAUCUUCACGGACCUGUACUGGUGCUCGUGGAUAGCCACGGACCUCGUGGUGAUUUCGGGCUGGGGGAUUUUCUUCAUGAAGAACGCCCGGAGUAAGAGGGAGCGGGCCUGCGGCUUUCACCAGAAAAGCUCCAUUUUCGGCUGCAACCUCGGAGAGUUCACCUACGCCUACCUUGCAUGGCUCAUCUACGUCAUCGCCUGCACCCCUAAGGUGGUGCUCAUCCUGGAGACCUCCAUCCUGGAGCUGAUCACGUUAAAGGUCCCGUUCGGAGCGACCGGCUUCAAAAUCGUCAUGCUGCUGUCUGCGCCGCUGCUCUUCUGCCUCAUCAACUCCAUCAUCGAGGACCUGAACGGUUCGACGCGGCACCACUCCCAGAGCUGCUUCAUGGGCACCUGUCUGGACCUGCUGGACAGCUUCACGCUGGUGGAGAUGCUGCUAAGGAACGAGAUCCCCACGCUUUACCUGAAGUACACCGUGAUCUCGGUGUACUUUGUGGCCCUGGCCGUGCCGGUGGUCUGGCUGUAUGAGCUCACGGCGUCCGAGCUGCGCUGCAGGUGGCUGUGGGCCCGUUUCUCCACGGGCCUGGUGGUUAAUGCGCCCCUGCUGGUGGUCAGGUGUUUCCAGGUCUACAUCUACAAGAUGCCGGUGUCGGUGUUCAUGUUCAAAAACAUCUUCUUUUUGGCCUGUAAGCUGCUGGAGCUGCUGGAGCAGUGUGUGGCGUUCCGUGGAGUCCGCAGGCUGGCUGGCGGCAGCAACCCGGCCCAGUUCUCCCACUGCGUGUCCGAGAACGACAUGUGUCCGCACGGGUAUGUCAAUACUCUGGCUGUGGCUCAGUCCUAGAGCCGUGGCGGCCGUCUCUGCCUGUGACGGCAGGACAGACAUAGCUGGAACCUGGAAAAUCCCAAAUACAACCGAGUCUCUGCCUCGGGGUGCUGGCUUUUGGAUUCACGUCCACACGACAAGCAAAGCAGCAGGAAAAGCCGAAGUAUCAGACAUGUAGGCAACAAUAAGAUAAGCAGUACAGAUAAUGGCAUUUUAGCUGCUAAGAAAUAGACAAAAAACAAAACUAAUUUUCUAAUCAGACUGAAAAAACGAAAUCUUCCUUUUCUCCUGCAGUGAGCUCCGGUUGGGCCUCCCAGCUGCAUUUAAACAUAAACUAAAAUAUUAUUAAAGGGCCUUGAAGAGGGCUUCAUCUCUGUGUUACCCACUAACAGAGGUAUCAUUCGUGGGAAGACAUGAAAAUGUUCAGCAUAAAAUCAAAAAAUGGGGUAAAGGCAGAAAUUCCAUCAACUGAAGGCUGUAGAGGCCUAAUGUGCUCAUUCAGGUCCCUCUGUGUUAGUGGGUCCAAAGGCAGCUACUUAAUGAUCUCAUUAUUUCAGUGACCCUGAUUUGAAAUUUGUAUUUCCAAGGUUUAAAAAAAUCUGCCACGUAGCAGCUCCAGGGUCCCGUUAACCUGACAGGCCGAGUCACCAAGCGCCGUGUCAGACUUCAGACAGGCUUCACUCACUAAUUAAACAGCAGGGACCACAUUUGGCCUUUGUUAUUAAUCGAUGAUGCUUACUACCAAACGACUUUGUGAUUAAUCACAUGCAGAGCUGUGAAAAAGUAUUUGACCCGGAUUUCUUUUUUUUGUCGUUGUUUGCAUAUUUGUCACACUUCUGUGUUUCAGAUCAUCAGACUUUCGAAUUCUAAUAUGAUAUAAAAAUAAUGCGUCUAAAUACAAAAUGUACUUUUAUAUGAGGAAUGAUGAUUUUAUUUAUUGUUGGAAAAAGUUAUUCAAACCUACCUGGACCUGUGUGAAAAGUGACUGCCCCCCUAAACCCAAUAGCUGGUUGUGCCACUCUUGGCAGCAACAACUGAAAUCAAGUGUUUGCAGUAACUGGCAAUGAGUUUUACUUCACUGCGGAGGAACUUUGUCUCAGUCUGAUUUACAUCAGGACUUUGACUCGGCCAUUCAAAAAAUCUUCUCGUUUUUUUACCAUUUAGAGGUGGACUUGCUGGUGUGUUUUUGUGGCCAUUCCUGGGAAGGUUCACCCCUGUUCCAAGUUUUCUUGGUGGAUGGCAUUGUAACCCUGUCAAGCUUCAUUCUUUCUCCUGUGUCCUGAUGUGUUGUUUUUGAUAUCUUUCAGCCUGCUUCACUUUGUCAGACACGCUCUGUGUAAUGGAUUUCUGGAUUUCAGGUCUGACAGGUCUGACCUGAAACAGGUAAACGUGACAAAUAUGCAAACAAAAAAGAGAGAAAAAGCAGAAACAAGGAAAUACUUUAACAAAUACUUCUUCACACAGCUGUACAUGAAGCCUUUUAAUGGGGCCCUCAGAGGUUUGUCUGCUUUCAAUACAAGUGUGAGCAGUUCUGCUGAAUCCACGGCCAUAUUGCAGGCGGUGGUGAUGUCACGCAGGAUGUUGCAUAAAGCGCUUUGAGUGCUCAGACGGAGCAGAAAAACACGAUAUAACAAACCGCCCAUUUACCGUUUUACUCAAAUGACUUCUUACUUUACAGGAUGACGUUAUUUUCAGAACAUUUGUUCCCAUUUGUGUUGGAAUGUGGAAACGAUGUCGCGUACCUGCCUCUGAUAGCUGCAAGGUAAACUCGAUGAGCUUUCUGCGUUUGGGGCAGAUGGCGCUCAACGUAAGAGGUGAACAGAUUUUCCAUUUUCUGGACAUGCCUGGUGUCACCUGUACCAGCCUUACAAUGAGCCCUCUUCAGACCAGCCAACAGGUGCUACAGUCAGACCCAACACCUGCAGGAGACUCCCGAAAUACUGCUGUGUCUGUUCAGCCUAUGACCUCAGAGGGGCAGCAGCUAGACUGUGCUGAGAUCAAACUGCAAUUUGAAAACUCCAGAUUUAAGUCCUAACACUGGGUCUGCUCCACCUAAUGUACAUUAGUGUUUUCUAUUAACGACAGUGAUGUCUGCUGGUCUUUAAUCGUACUGAAAGUAGAGUAGACUUGUGUGUAAGUUGCUUACAAACCAGCAGUGCCACGACCCCCAUUUUUACAGUGCUACAGGCCCCCGAGGCUUCUGUCGGCAUGAUCCUCUUUUACUCCUUCUUCACUCUGAGUUCUGAUUCUGCAGUUCUCUUGGUCACAAAUGGGCAGAGUUCAAGCUCUCCAAUAAACAAACAAACAAAACUAAGUAAAUAAACAAAAAAACAUCGAAUCAAAGGCUACAUUAUUUCUUCAUCAUUUCAAGUUUUACCCCAGAAAAGCUCAGCACACUCUGAGCACGUCUGUUACUAACAUACUGAAACCAGUUUCUCCACAAAAUCAAAUUCAAGGAGAAAAAUAAUGAUUAUAAAAAUUUUUUCAGUAUACAGUCACAUUAUUACAGCUAUGGCUGCGCUCAUCUAUACUCUCUCAGUCUGAUUUUAGCUUCUCUCACUAUCAGCUGUGGUGCAGUGCAUUUUGUAUGGGAUGUAAGUGCCUCUCAGUGCGUUACGAAAUAGCAGGCGAUAGCUAAGAACCAUGAUGCAGUGGUUGCUUAGCCUUCAGCUUUCUAUGUGAAGGCUAAACAUACGUUAGGUCAUUUUUGAAAUUUCUAGCUCUGUUGUUUAACUGAGCUGUUGUUAUUCUCUGCCUGGAAGAUUCCAGAAUCUAAAAAAAUUAAAAUGUUCUGGACGUCAGCGUUUCCUUUGCUCUGUACGGCCUUAAGCUUCUGUACUGGAUACACAGUCGGUAAGAAGCUUUAACCUCCUAGGACCUGCCGUCCACAUAUGUGGACAUCACAUUUUGGGUUAUUUAGACCAAAAUACUCAAUUUUGCUCUACAAGGGCCUGAUAUCCACUUACGAGGACAUUAUACUGCUACUG